AUGAUGCACCCGUCGAGACAGGCGUACGUCGAAGAGGCGCAGGAGAUGGAUACGGGCAUUAACCUAGCUGAUCUGCCUCUUGACCGCGACUAUGUGAUACCCCCAUCUACCGCCGGUAUUCCGGCAGAGAAGGCCUCGGCCAUCAUCUCCCAGUUCGAGCGUAAACGAAGAGCCGCUGCUAUGGCAGUCCCGACUGACGACACACGGGUACGCGCACGGCUGCGAGAGCUUGGAGAACCCAUCACACUAUUCGGAGAAGGACCAGCGGACCGGAGAGAUCGACUGAGGGAACUUUUGACCGACAUUGCGGAGAAACAAGAAGCGGCAGCGGCGGAGGAGGAUGUCGAGAUGGAAGAGGCAUUCGGAGAGGAGGACGAGGGAGAACAACAAGAGGAAUUCUAUACAGAGGGCACAGACGAGCUGUUGAAGGCACGAAAAGACAUAGCACGGUUCUCACUACCCCGCGCCAAAGCGCGUGUCGCCCGGCAACGAGAAGAAUCGACAAUACCGCUACGGACGCAUAUUAAACACCGGAAGGCUAUCAAAGAGAAGCUACAUAACUUCGAUCUUUACGGAUCACAGAUUGCGGGUGAUCGCCCGGUCAGCAUUUGUCGGUUUGCGCCGGACGGGCAGACGAUUGCGACUGGUAACUGGGGUGGUGGUAUUCGCCUACUGUCUGUGCCGAAUCUAGAAGAGAAGUUUUCUGUCAAGGGUCACACUGAUCGAGUUGGUGGUCUGUCAUGGUUUCCAGGGGCCACACUUCCAGAAUCGAACGUGUCUGAAUCAAGUGUCAACCUCGUGUCGGGAGGAGGAGAAGGCAAUGUUUGUUUAUGGUCUCUUGACAAGGAUCAACCACUCGCUACACUCGGAGGCCAUUCUGGCCGAGUCUGCCGGACCGAGUUUCACCCAUCCGGUAAAUACCUCGCAUCAGCAUCUUUCGACACAACAUGGCGGUUAUGGGAUGUUGAGACGACGGCGGAGCUACAACUCCAGGAAGGUCAUUCGCGAGAAGUUUACACCGUUGCGUUUAACAAUGACGGGUCCCUACUAGCAAGUGGAGGUCUGGAUAGUAUUGGACGCAUCUGGGAUCUCCGAACAGGCCGUACAGUUAUGAUCUUGGAGGGACAUAUUAGGGAAAUCUUUGGUCUAGACUGGGGAGUGGACGGAUACCGUGUACUUUCUGGGUCUGGGGAUGGCUGGGUCAAGUGCUGGGACCUGCGCCAAGUGAAAAAUACCGGUGGAAUUGGAGCACACAAGAGUGUGGUGUCUGAUGUCCGAUGGUACAAAGGAACCGAGUCAGAGACUGCGUCCUUCUUGCCAUCUACUGAAGGACAAGCUGCGCGAAUGGAAGUUGAUGGGGCCACGGCUCCCAUACAGCCGAAGAAAUCAGGGACGUUCUUUGUGAGCAGUGGGUUUGACAAGAACGUGAAUAUCUUCAGUGCAGAUGACUGGUCUCUCAUAAAGACGCUGAGCGGGCACUCGGGCAAUGUUCUCAGCACUGAUAUCAGCAACAAUGCGCAGUGGAUCGCAAGCUGUGGGCAUGACCGCACGGUGAAGCUAUGGGGGAUUGAGUAA